GUACAGCGAGGUCACCAAAUUUUCCUUUUGACACUGAGGUAUGAGUUGUUGGUUUGGGUCGUGAGCCUGUUUGGGUUUGUGCAUUUGUGGACUGUGAAGCAAGCGUUUCACACUUUCCUGUAUAUAUUACUAUUAUUCCCAGAGUUUGUGUGUGAGGCAGCAACACACACAAAGAACAAAAGGCAAAGACAGAGAGAGAAACAAUGUCUUCCCCAAGCAAACGUCGAGACAUGGACUUGAUGAAGCUGUCAUCACCAGGAUGAUGAGUGAUUACAAGGUGGAGACGAUCAACGAUGGCAUGCAAGAGUUCUUUGUGGAAUUCCACGGACCCAAAGACAGUCCUUAUCAAGGUGGUGUGUGGAAGGUAAGGGUGGAGCUACCUGAUGCUUAUCCUUAUAAGUCUCCAUCUAUUGGCUUUGUCAACAAAAUUUUCCAUCCUAAUGUUGAUGAGGUGUCUGGUUCUGUUUGCUUAGAUGUUAUUAACCAGACUUGGAGUCCCAUGUUUGACCUUGUUAAUGUGUUUGAGGUGUUUCUUCCUCAACUUCUUCUGUACCCCAAUGCAUCAGAUCCAUUGAAUGGUGAUGCUGCUGCCUUGAUGAUUCGAGAUCAUGCUACAUAUGAACAAAGAGUCAAAGAAUAUUGUGAAAAAUAUGCCAAGCCAGAAGAUGUUGGAGCUGCACAGGAAGAAAGUUCUAGUGAUGAUGAGCUGAGUGAAGAUGAUUAUGCCUCCAGUGAUGACGCCAUUGUAGGCCAACCUGAUCCUUAGAUUUUUAAAUACAAUGCCUGCCUUAUUUACAGUCUUGCUUGUACAUGAUAUCAUAUGAUUUGAUAUUGAGUCCAGGAAUUUGAAGAGCUAAGUUCUUAAGGUUGAAGGAAAAAUUCACACCUUUCUAUCUAUUAUAAUUACAUGGUGGUUGAAUAAAUUGAUUUAUAAUUUAGAUGUUUAUGUGACUAGAAAAUUCAAUUUCUGAAGGCUCAA